CCUAAAGCGCGCUGCGCUGCGCUGCUUUCAGUUUGACGCUUGUUGUUGUUGUUCUGAGUUUGGUGAGAAACCUUUUCCAGACUGAACUCAGCCCUCUGAGGCUGCCUGACCUGCCGGAUGGAAACGGAACGCUUGCUGACCGGCAGCCUGAACGGAGCCUCCGGGGACUAUGGCUCCAGGUCCGGCUCGGAGCGCGGAGGGGCCCCGGGCAGCAGGAGGAUGUCGUACUCCGUCGCCGGAGACUCGUGCAGUGUGGCCCGGGACCCAGGUGACGAGCACCUUUACAUCCAGCAAGCUGUGGUAUUCAUCGAGGACGCCAUACAAUACCGCUCCAUUAACCACCGGGUGGACGCAGGCUCUCUCCGCCUGUAUCGAUGGUACUACUCCAGGAUCAUCCAGUGGAGUUUGGGUCUGACCAUCACGGUGGUGUUGCUGCUGGCAUUUGUGGAGCGCCCGUCCUCUUUGUCCAUCUCCUCGGACCCCCGGCAUCGCUCUCCACCCUGGCAGCCUCCCUGUGGCGUCACAGAGAGCAUCGAGAUGAUCUGCCUCAUCAUCUUCUCUCUAGAUGUCGCUGUUAAGAGCUAUUUGAUUGGCUGGGAGGAGUUCAGGAAGACCAAAUGGCUGAUUGGCUACACUGUGGUCAUUUCGAUCUCCGUCAUCGACUGGAUGCUGUCUGUCAGCAUGAUGUGUGAUGAGAAACUGAGAGUGCGGCGGCUCCUCCGACCGUUCUUCCUCCUGCAGAACUCUUCGCUCAUGAAGAAGACUCUGAAGUGCAUCAAGAGGACGCUGCCGGAGAUCGCCAGUGUCAUCCUGCUGCUGGCUCUCCACCUCUGCCUCUUCACCAUGAUCGGCAUGCUGCUGUUCCCUAAAACUGAGGACUCGAAGAAGAACGGCGAGUGGGAGUUACACUUCAGGAACCUGCCGAACUCUCUGACCUCUCUGCUGGUGUUGCUCACCACAGCCAACAACCCUGAUGUGAUGAUCCCAGCCUACUCCCUAAACAGAGGCUACGCCAUCUUCUUUGUGGCCUUCAGUGUCAUCGGAACCUACUGUCUGAUGAACUUACUGACAGCCAUCAUCUACAACCAGUUCAGGGGAUAUUUGCUGAUGUCGGUCCAGACGUCCAUCCUGAGGAGACGACUCGGGAUCCGAGCAGCUUUCCAGGUCCUCACCUGUCAGGGAGCCCAACAGGCUGCUGGGGCGCGUGUUUGUGUUGGUGCUGUGCUGCAGGUGAUGUCCACAGUGAAGAUGAAGAGCUACUACAGAACAGCCAUCACUACGGCAGCGCAGCAGUACACAGACGACGGCUUCAUGGAUCGAGAGCAGUUCACCAAGAUUUUUGAUGAACUCGAUAAAGACUGCAUCAAGGAGCACCCUCCUCUGCCUCAGUACAGCUCUCCGACCCUGCAGAGACUCCAGCUGAUCUUCAGUCACUACUAUCUCGUUAUAUUUGGAAAUGCUGUGGCCCUGGCCAAUGUUGUGUGUAUAUGUACUGUCCUGGUGUUGAAUUCUGAAAAGUCCACAGCAGAGAGAGACAACUUUGUCUUGGAGAUCAUCAACCUGUGCUUCAUCCUGUACUACCUGUUUGAAAUGUGUGUGAAGAUCUUUGCAUUUGGCUGGAAGGCGUACCUGUCCUACAGGAACAACAUCUUCGACGGCUUCCUUACCGUCCUGUUAUUGGCCCUACAGGUCACCAUUUUUAUCACCUACAGGCUUCCGUACUCUCAGUGGGAGCCCUCCUCUCACGGAGUGCUGUCGCUGUGGGAGAUGAUCCGCCUGGUCAACCUGCUGAUUGUCGUCCGCUUCCUGCGCAUCAUCCCAGACAUCAAGCUCAUGGCCCUGGUUGCGAGCACGCUGUUGGACCUGGUGAAAAACCUGCGUGCGUUUGCAGGGAUCCUGGUGGUGGUGUACUAUGUGUUUGCUGUGUUUGGGAUCUGGCUCUUCGAGGGCGCCAUCAAACCGCCUCUUGACGCCAGCUCCACGGAGAACACCACGUCUAACUUCAGCAUGGCGUGCGGGACCUACGAGCAGCUCGAAUACUGGCCCAACAACUUCGAUGACUUUGCUGCUGCCAUCAUUUUACUCUACGACGUCAUGGUGGUGAACAACUGGCAGGCCUUCAUCGACGCCUACAGCAGAUACACCACAGAGUGGUCCAAGAUCUACUUUGUGUGUUGGUGGCUCACCUCCUCGGUCAUGUGGGUCAACUUGUUUGUGGCGCUCAUCUUAGAGAACUUCAUCUACAAGUGGGAUCGCAGUCACAGCUGCUCUGUUGUUGAUGUGGAGAGGAUCAGAUACGAAACCUCGGUUCAGCUCAUAUUCAGAGGGCAGAUCCAAGAACCAACAGAAGAGGAAUUAGUUUGUCAGCUGCACCAGCAUCCACACCUGCACCUGCAGUGGUGACACGGGCGCUCACCUGCAGUCAGGACGCUGCUGCGGACGCACCGAGAGGUCGAAGCUCUGCCUCCGUGCCAUUUUAGAUUACUGUAAAUCUGUUUUUAGUAUUUCUGAGUAAAACCACUGUGAUUGACUCCACUGUAUUUAAAAAGGAAAAGUCAAAGUGUGAAAUUGCAGUCAGAUCCACAUUUUACAGACCUGCCAAAACAGCCUGCGAUGUAACGCUGCUCACGGAGCUUCAGUAUGAACCACCAAACCUUCAGGAGGCUUCGGUCUCUGAAAUGUUGAGAUUUGCACAGACAGCGAAAAUAAUCCAAGAACAUGACCUCAUCAAACUGCUGCUUUAAUGCAGAUCUGUCUUCACUGUCGGCCGUCCACCCUGAAACUAUCAACUGCAGAGUGAAACUCGGCUUUUACAGCAUCGGAUCGGUUCAUUUCCUCAGUCACAGCAGCUCUGAGAGCUGCACAGAGCUGCAUCAGUAUUACCGGAGCGAAUCGUUCUCCACAGAACAAACUGAGGGGCAGGACUUUAGCGUCUGUCCUGUUUGAUAACCUUGCAGAGGUCAGAUCAGGAAAGCACAACCUGCAGGUUUAAUGCAUCCCUAAAAAUCCAACACACACGUUUCCUCUGCAGCGCUGUUUAUUCAUCUAACUCAGGGGUGGAGCUAAAGGCUCGAGUAGGGCCGACUAAUUAAUACAAACCUUAAAUAUCUGACCUUUAAAUUUUAUGAAUUUACCCCACAGAGGAGCAGCAGCCUGGGAGAUGUUAAAAAAAUACAGAUCACUGGAUUCAACCAGUUUCUUCAGAUGGAGAAAUGUUUUCACUCCUUCAUAUUAAAACUGGGAUCACAGUCCCUGGAGUAGUUGUGUUAUUUAAAAAAUUGUAAGAUAUUAAUGACUUUCUUGCAGUUUUGACACUUUCCACUCCAGGCUGCAGGUUUAAUCAGCACUGAUCUCCACUGGUUUGCUGCGAGUGGUCCAGGUUUGCAGAGAUGUCUGCAACUGACGUCCAUCAACUGAGUCACUGAGCCGAAGGAAGCGUGACUCUGUCCAUGAUUAUGAUGCAAACACUGAUGGCAUCUCCUCUGAGUGGAGCUGGAGUGUUAGUUAUCCCCAUGUUUCCUUUGUGGAUCAAGUUACAGAAUCAUUUGUGUUCGUCUGAGGUUUUCUAAAGGCCCGGGUGCCAUUUAAUGCUGUCCUAACGAAGGGAGGGGAGCUGACAUCUCCAAAACAGGGCAACUCGCAUCAAAACUAUCCAGAUGGAUAAACAGCCCUACAGGCCCCAGGAAACGUGGAUAUUUCAUCAUCUUUGUCAUCUUCAUCAAUUAGACACCAGCUGUUCUGCAACUAGAACCUACACAAAGACAUAGAGACAGAAGCUGCAGGGAGCAGCGACAGCAGCGGUCUGAUGAACCCUGCAGGGACUCGGCUGCUGUCGCUGUGUUCAGCCUAUCAUAGCCCAGAUGGGUUCCUCACGCCCUCCUGUGUUACCUGCACACUGCUCCUGUCUGGUGUUGUUAUGUGUACUGUGCAUGUGUCUGACUCAGAUUCCUUGACUUGCUCGUCUUUAGGCUGCCCCUGACUUCAGGUCGGGACCUUCAGCACUCACAGCCUGAGGUGCUGAAACGCUCCUCCUGCUCAGAGCUCCUCACCAGCAGCAACAAAGAGAUCGGCUCGAGCAGAGUCUGAGUAAAGCUUCGAUGGUCCUCUGCUGCUCGGUUUCACUGAGAGACAUCACAGACGUCUGACAGAGAAAAGCUCAGAGGAAAGUCUGGUUGUUCUUUAAGUGCUGAGUGCACUGGAAGGAUGGACGCUUUGUUUGGCCCUUCUGUGCGGUUUUCCAGGGGAGUUCCAGGGAGCGUUGUUUGUUGGGUUUCCCCUCCUGUGAUGGAAGGACAAAAUUUUCUAGGAACCCGGAAACACUUUUAGCCAGAAGAGCACUGACCUGUUCAGCUUUUUGUCUGUGAGGGUGCUGCACUUCAUGGGGAAAUAAAAAUGUUCAUCUCUCAAAGGAUCAGAUCUGAUCUGUGGUGUUUUUGGCCUGUGGCCGAGCGCGCCACGAGGUUUCACUGGAAUCUGAUUACAGACUUCCUGCUGAGGAUCAGUCAGGCAGACUGCACAGAUAAAGAAAAGUGCUUCAGACAAACAAAGGUGUCUGUUAAUGCUUUCUAUUCUCACGCAGACAGCAGUGAGGGAAGCUCAGGGAGCGCUGAGGCUCUGGAUGAACAUCCUCUGAGAGUUUAGUGGUGCUGUGCUGAGUCAGUUCGGUGGUACAAGCUGUGAAACCAGUGGAUUCAGUUCUGUUUACUCAAAGGGCAAAAAGGGAAAAACUCACCUUUUGCAUGAAUGUCCCAAAACAGACUUCAAAUAAAUGUUUUGCAGAAA